CCAUGAUGAUCUUCUCGCGCCACGUGAAAAGGAAUAAGAGCUGUUACGUCACGUAUGAUGUAGAACAUUGGGCUUCCUGUGGUCUAGGGUCGCUGAAAAAGCAUUUGAGCCUGUGUAUCCAAUAUGGCGGAGAAGAUUACAUCAAGAGAGUGAUUCGUCUAUUUUUUUGUGCACAAUUUACCAUGUUGAUCUUAUUCCCGACACAUUGCCUGAGCCACCCAAGUGGUGUGUUAAUCGGGUGGAAGAAUCUCGACCGUUCAAUAGCUUGUGUCGUCACCAUUGUCCCAGAGAAGUGUGCGAAGGAUGUCCCUUAUCAUUUGGGGAGUGUCAUGGGCACAUGGGAAAUGGACGAGAAAGGAUAUCCGCUGUCUUUGCGCAAGCACAAAGAGGUCCAUGUACCCGUGGUGUACCCAAAAUGCAAGGAAUUAGUAGUUAUUCUUUAUGACCAGCCUUUGUCUAGCUGCUAUCUGUCUGAUGAACUAUUAAACAUGGGGAAGUCCACCACAGACCAAACCGGAAGUAAUAAACAUGAAAAAUUAUUGAAAUUGCCCAGGCUAGAGGAAUGGAAUUGUUCAUCCGAUAUCAAAAAACUACUAGAGUAUAUUAACAAGUCUAGAGAUGCAGAACAAGCAAUUAAGUCUACGAUUACGCUAGAGAAACCACGAAAGCUCAACUGGCCGUCAUGGCUAUCUAGUCUGAUGUUUCUCGCCAUCGUUCCCAAAAAGAUUACUCGCUUGGAAUUACCUAUAAAGUCUAUUUAUAGAUCAAGAAUAUUUCAGUAUAUUUUGACACUUCCCUCUACCUUCCAGCAAUUUUCAUUACGCUUUUCUCAAGUCAAAAAUCUCAUUUGUGGGAUCAAAACAAACUGUUCUUCAAAUCACGGUAAGACGAGCCUUCACACUCAAAAACUCCAUCAGAAACAAAGAAUUGUGAUAUGUACUGGGAACUUCCUGUUGGGAGUAAUGAUGGACAUUUUUCUUGGCCUAGUAUUUGUGUAUUUCCUGACCUCAAGUGGAAGAAUUAAGCACUUCACUGUGGCCUUACAAGAAAAUUCAGAGCAAGUUGUUCACCUUUUGAGUGAAUUACUCUACUGGAUGACAGGCGUACCAGCUGGAUUAAAGCUCAACACACAGCUUGCUGACUUUUUGCGCAAGUUUUUUCUGUACCAUAUCUACCUAUGGCAGAACUACUUGCAAGCAAUUCAACCUCAUUUGCAGGCAUUCCUAUGGAUCUGUGUUUUGUUGGGGUGUCUUGGAUUGACGUUCCUCAUAUCUCUUGCAUCUGAUGUGUUUUCUGUCCUUACCAUUCACAUAUAUUGUUUCUAUGUGUAUGCUGCACGACUGUAUAGCUUGCAAGUCUACGGGAUGGUUUCUUUGGCUAGGCUGUUCACAGGGAAGAAGCACAACAUUCUUCAUGAGCGCAUUGACAGCCUCCCCCAUGAUGUAGAUCGCUUGUUUGCUGGUACUCUGAUCUUCACCAUUCUGUUCUUCCUCCUUCCUACAACUACUCUGUUCUAUGUCGUGUUCACCUCCCUACGACUGCUGGUGCUACUGAUAAAGGCCAUUUUGGAGGAGUUAAAGUACACUUGUAACAAGCUGCCUAUGUUUGCCCUGAUUCUGCUUAUUUUCAAGCCAAGCAUGUUGCCAGGUGGUAUUAAACUAGACCUGAUCUCUGUUCCUCAACACACUUCUUCUCUCUACCUCAAACUACAUAACAAGCCACUUGCAUUGACAGAGCUAUUUGCUUGGUCUCUUGGAGAGGAGUCAAACCCUGACAGAGGGGACACCCCAGGGGGAUGGGGGAUACUAUUUACCAAGUUGCUGAAAGGACACCUGAUCUAUCCAUGGAUAAAAAGAGAUUGAUGGAUGUACAGUAUAAAAAAGAUCACAUUUUAUCUUCUACAUCAACACCAGCCAAAUCAAUAUUAUACAACAUUUUAACCUUGCUUUUAUUUCUGUACAUUAAACAAAAACAGCCAUUUA